AAUCUUUGUGUUAAAAGAGAGAGAGAGAGAGGGGGAGAGAAUAACAAAGCCGAGAGGCUGAGUGUGUUCAACAAAGCAAAGAACAUGUGCCUUUCAAUUACUUGUUUCCUUCCCUUUUCACCAAAAGCCAAGCAAUUCCCCAAUUCCACAACUUAACUACAAUUUUGCCCCAUUCAAAUUCCAAACCCAUUUCCCAACUGGCUCCCAUUAUCAUUAUCUCUUCAAUGGCUUGAUUUCAUCCCCACCCAUUUACCCCAUUCCCCAUUUUCCUUCUCCCAAACCACAACAAAACCCCUCUCUCUCUCUUUCACUCUUCAAUGGGGUUUUUCAGUUUUUGGCCUUGUUUGGCAACAUUGUUCUUCAUUUUGCUUCAUACCCAUUUAGCUUCCUCUGCUUUGAUUAUCAGUUUGAAGCACCAUUACCGCAACAACGACCACCACAAUCGGCGGCCAAUGCUUCAAGCUAACCAAAGCAGCUGUGCCCUGUUCGCCGGAACUUGGGUUCGAGACGAUUCAUAUCCACUCUACCAAUCAUCAAACUGCCCUUUCAUCGAUCCUCAGUUCAACUGCCAAGUCUACGGCCGACCCGAUUCUAAUUACCUCAAAUACCGUUGGCAGCCGCUUGAUUGUGAGCUCCCAAGGUUCGAUGGGGCUGAGUUUUUGAUGAGAAUGAGAGGAAGAACUGUAAUGUUUGUUGGUGAUUCAUUGGGGAGAAACCAAUGGGAGUCAUUGAUUUGCUUGAUCUUAUCAUCUGCUCCCCAAACUCCCACUCAAAUGAUUAGAGGAGAACCUCUUUCAACCUUCAGAUUCAUUGAAUAUGAGUUAACUGUGUCCUAUUACAAAGCCCCAUAUCUUGUGGACAUAAAUAUAGAGAACGGGAAGAGAGUUUUAAAGCUGGAGGAGAUAUCAAUGAAUGGAAAUGCUUGGGUUGGAGCUGAUGUGAUUUCCUUCAAUACCGGACAUUGGUGGAGCCACACAGGCUCUCUACAAGGGUGGGAUUACAUGGAAUCAGGAGGAUCAUAUUAUCAGGACAUGGAUCGGUUGGGUGCAAUGGAAAAGGGUCUAAGAACAUGGGCUGAUUGGGUUGAUAAGAACAUUGAUGUCACUAGAACAAGGGUUUUCUUCCAAGCUAUCUCCCCCACACAUUACAAUCCAUCAGAAUGGAACAUGGGGACAUCGUUGACGACAAUGACAUCAAUGAAGAAUUGCUAUGGCGAAACGGCACCGAUGGGGGGGACGACAUACCCGGGAGGAUACCCUAUUCAGAUGAGGGUUGUGGAUGAAGUGAUAAGGGACAUGAGGAAGGCAGUAUACUUGUUAGACAUCACAAUGUUGUCUGAGCUAAGAAAGGAUGGACACCCUUCCAUUUAUAGUGGUGAUUUGAGCCCUCAACAAAAGGCUAACCCAGAUAGAUCAGCUGAUUGUAGCCAUUGGUGUCUUCCUGGCGUACCUGAUACCUGGAAUCAAUUACUUUAUACUGCCUUGUUCUUUUAGCUCUAGAUACUUAUUGUUCUAAUGCAAGAAUUCAGGGAUAUAUUCAAAUUAAUCUAUAAUCUUUCUUCCACUAUAAUGUAAUUUGUAAAGUAACUGAUGAUUUAUUGUUAGCUGAGAGAAACCAAUGGAAAUUUAGGGACACUCAUUUGGAUAAAUAGUUUUAUGUUCUUUUA